CUAACGGGUGGGCUGUAGGAUAAAGAGUUUGCCAUGCUACUUUAGGGUAACGCGGGAAGUUUCUGAGCUGAAUUUCGGGACUCUCUGCUGCAAUUCUACGCAAGACGUCAUCUGAUGGUGUACCAACGACCUUGAUGAUAGCGUUCAAUUGAUCAUUGUUAUCUCUACCUCUGAAGAGUGGUACACCGGAGAUCAUCUCAGCGAGAAUACAACCAGCACUCCAUACAUCAAUACUUGUACUGUAUGUCUUUGAUCCGAGCAAAACAUCUGGUGGUCUGUACCACAAAGUGACGACUUCGUUUGAGAAUGUGUUAACUGGAAUACCAAAUGCUCUCGCGAGACCGAAAUCUGCUAAUUUUAGUUCACCGCGUUUGUUUAUGAGUAAAUUCUGUGGUUUAAGAUCGCGAUGAAGUACUCUAUUCUCGUGACAGAAACCAGUACCUUUGAUGAGCUGAUACAUGAAACUUCUAAUUGUAUUUGGUUCAAGUGCGCCCCUAUUACCAUGACUAUCCAUGUAUUUCUUUAAGUCUUGGUCCAUGUAUUCGAAAACCAACAUGAGUUUGGUUUCUGUAUGUAUAACGUCAUGUAAUCUAACAAUAUUUGGAUGCUUGAGUUCUUUCAUAAGGGAAAUUUCACGUAUAGCUGUUGAAGGUGUACCUUCCUCCGCAUCGAGGUGUAUUUCUUUCAAAGCGACGAUCUCAUUCGUGAGUCUAGAUCUACCUUUGUGUACGGAAGCGUAUGUACCUUCACCUAACUUCUCUAACUGUAUGUAAUUUUGCAUAUCAGUCUAGUGGAUGUAGGUCGACGAGCUGACAGCAACUGUCAAGUCAACCAAACGCGUCAAUUUAAAUAAAAAUACUUAAAAUAGAUAAUAAAAAAUAAAAAUGGAUUAUUCUUCCGAUAAUGAACAAGAGGACGAAGUUUUACACUGCAUAUGUAAAUCUAAUGGAUUAGAAGGUCUACCUAUGAUAUUAUGUGAAGGCUGCGAAACUUGGUAUCAUUUAGAUUGUAUCGGUAUGGAAGCUGGGGACGAUGAAUUAGUUGACGUAUUCGUAUGCAAAGAAUGUGAAGAGAAAACAGGCCAGAAGACGAGUUGGAGGGUAAAAUGUCAACGAGAAGGUUGUACACAUGCGAGUAGAUUACCGGUAUCUGUAUAUUGUUCAGAUGCUUGUGGAAUUUAUCUCAUGAGUCUGAAAUUACGUCAAUAUAAUUUACACCCUGAUUCAAUUGAAAUGGUUAUACCAUUGGUCAUUAAUUAUAAUAAGCUCCCUUGGAUUGUCUUUGAUGAGGAGAAUAGACAAAUGACGUCCUUAAGACAAUCAAUUGAAUAUCAACUGGAGAAGUUAUCUAGAAAGAAUGAUACCAUACAAGCAAGUAUAAAUAAAUUUAGCAGUAAUAUCUCUCUUAUAGAAAAGCAAGAAAAGUUUCUUCAAACUGUCAUCAAUAGAGCGAACACACUUACAAAUAGUCUACAAUCUGUGAAUGAUACAGCUGAUCAACCAACAAGUAAAAGGGGACCAAAAGCAACGAAACCCAAGCAAUCAAGGGGUUAUUGUGGAUUCGAUUAUAGACUACUAAUGGACGAUGAUGAAUGGAUAGAAUUCGACAUUGAUAGUAUAUCUGAUAUAUCGCCCACAGAUGAUCAAUUACUAUGUAUCCUCAAAGAUAGCCAAUGUAAUAGACAUACAGGCUGGAAGAAGCUAUUCGAGUAUAAAUUACAAGUAAAUAAAUCAAGCUUUGAGUCAAAGAUAAUGAAAUUACAAAAUAAAUUUAAUAAUAACAAUCUAAUAAAGAGGCAUUUAGAUAUUAUAAGGUGAAUGUCCAUACCUAUGCACGUCAACAUCACCUUCAACCCUUUCUGUACAAAAUCCACGCUGUUUUAAUAUUUCAUCCCUUAUACUAUCCUUUAUAGCUCUCUCUUCGUCCAACUGGAGUGAUUUCUGAAGGACUUGUUCAAUAGGUGCUUGCUUGAGUUGUAUUGUGUCCUCUGUAUCUAAAUCC